AUGUCUUCACCGAGGAGGCUUUCCUGGGUCGUACUGAGGAAGCACGUCCCGGUCUUCGACGCCGAGGAGAAGCAUCAGGAAGACAAGAUCAUGGCCAAGGCGAGCAAAGAUUGGGGGGACAUCGAGAAAGGGUCCUGGAUACUGGACCAGUUCUCGCUCGACGCGCACCUCGUCGAGCCGCCGGAGCUCCCCACCUUGUCCGUGCGCGCCAAGAUCGAGACGCAGGAGCGAGGCAUCGGGUGCGUCCUCGACUCCGUCGUGGAGAACUACCUCGUCAUGACUCUGGGGUUCUGCGACAGGUGGUACGGGCUCGUCUACGACGCAGCCAAGAACUCGCUCUCGCUGCUCCCCGCCACCAUGGAUUCCUUCGAGGGCUACGACUUCGCGUCGAGAGUUGAUUCUGUGCCCUUCUUCUUCCUGAGGCAACCUGCCGUCCUGCCACGCGACGACGGUUCCUACGAUCUGUUCAAUCUGGGGUUCCGUUUCGCUACACGCGACAGAGUGUUGCAGGGGUCGUCGGGCAUCAUCUUCCGGUGGUCGAGCCAUGCCGCUGGCAAGAAGUGGACGAAGCAGGAGGCGCGCUUCAGCCCGCAUACCCAGGUGCCGCGCCAGCCGGCGUACAAAGUAGACGCGGCCUUCACUUUCAAAGGGAAGGUUUUCUGGGCCGAUCUCAUGCUUGGCGCCAUUGUCUGUGACAUGCCAUCCACCGGUACCACUACCAGCGAAGACCUUGACCACGUGGAGCUGGACUUCAUUCAUCUUCCCGAGGAGUGCCAAGGCCGUGACUUCUCCCGCAGUUACCCCAAGGAUCGUCGGACCAUGGGCCCUGUCGGGGACUCCAUAAAGCUCAUCUCCAUUGUCACCAUCAGUGGCGACAACCCCCGUGACAACACGCCCCCUGCCGACGUUGUGCUGCGGAGCUGGACUCUGUCGCCAGACCUUCACUCAUGGACGAGAGAUGAAGACAUGGAGCUGCCCUUGCCGCUGCUCUGGCAGUCGGAGGCCUACAAGCGUGAGAGGCUGCCGCAGGCCAUGCCGCAGUGCCCAGUCCUCAAGGCCGACGAGGUUGGUGUCCUCUACCUCUUGCUGGGAGAUUACUACCUCGAUUGGGAGAGAAGGGCUCGGCUAUGCAGGGAGAUUGAGUGUGUGAUCAGCAUCAACAUGCGCACAAAAUCUCUCCUGUCCUGCAGCCAUCGUCCGAUCAAAGAUGGCUUCUCACCCAAGUGGCGAGACAAAGACCAGCCUUCCAAAGGUUUCCGUCCCGUCAUGCCUUCCCUGUUUGCCGCCAAGUUCUGCCCGAGCCACACUGGAUGGUCUGAUGAUCUUCUGCCCAAGAAAAAAAAGAAUCAUCUAACAGAUGGUAAUUUGAAUCUGAAUCUAGUACUACCACUCCUCCUACUCCUACUUGAUAUUAUCUGCGCACAUUCUGCUUGA